AAUUUCAGUAACCAAUGUGCCCACCCCCUUCCCACCGGGCGCCGCUAUUUCUGUAGAUGGAAUGCUGUAUUCUUCAACCUUCCCGCCAAACUGCAGCAACCGCGCCGCCGCUCUCCGACCACUGCUUCCCAAACUCGGCUUCUCUUCUACCACAGCUCAUCACCGCGUCUCCUUAUCCGAGGACGAUCUCAUCCAACCACACACCACAGCACCCUCCCCCUCUGCGCAGCAACUCCUCUCCGAUUUCCUCUCCGAUGGAAGGCACUCCGACGUGCUCUCCGUCCUCCGCCUCACUCCGCCCUCCCGCUACCUCGUCUUCUACUGGAACAACCUCAUCAAGCGGAGCGUCUCGUUGCGGGAUAACAGGAACGUCCUCCACCUGUUCGACGAAAUGCGGCGCCUCCAAUGGAUGCCCGACGAGCAUACUUAUCCUUAUGCCCUCAAAGCAUGCGGAGACCUCUCUUCGUUGGCCGCGGGGACGUCGGUCCACGCGCUCGCACUCGUCUCCGGUUUCACUAAUUGCAAUGUGUUCGUAGACAACGCCACGAUUGCUAUGUAUGGCCGCUGCGGCGCGAGUGACAAAGCGCGCCAGUUGUUCGAUGAAAUGCUCGAGAGAGGCAUUUUUGAUACGGUCUCGUGGAACUCUAUUAUAUCCGUGUACGUGCAGAUUGGGGAUAGCAGAAAGGCUUUGAGGAUGUUUAAGAAGAUGGUUUCGAGAGGUGAUAUGUUGUUGCGGGCGGAUGCAGUGAGCUUGGUGAACAUUCUUCCUGCUUGUGCUUCUCUCAGAUUGCGGAGACAAGGGGCGGAGAUUCAUGCUUAUGCUGUAAGGAGAGGUUUGAUCGAGGAUGUCUUUGUGGGGAAUGCUGUUAUGGAUAUGUAUGCAAAGUGUGGUCUAAUAGACGACGCUAAGAAUUUGUUCGACAGGAUGGAGGUGAAGGAUGUGGUAUCUUGGAACGCGCUAGUGACCGGGUACUCUCAAAUUGGGAAGUUUGAUGAUGCUCUAGGGUUGUUUGAUAGAAUGAGGGAGAAGAAUAUUGAAUUGAACGUGGUGGCAUGGAGUGCUGUGAUUGCAGGAUACGCGCAGAGGGGUCUAGGUUACGAGGCUCUUAAUGUGUUCAAACAGAUGGUUGUCUCGGGAUCACAGCCAAACGCUGUUACCCUCGUCUCAGUUUUGUCGGGCUGUGCAGCAUGUGGUGCAUUGGAUUCGGGGAAAGAGACUCACUGUUAUGCCAUUAAACAAGUAUUGAACUUGGAAGGCAAUGACUCAGGGGAUGAUAUGAUGGUCAUCAAUGGUUUGAUUGACAUGUAUGCAAAAUGCAAGAACUUGAAAGUAGCUCAUGCCAUGUUUGAUUCGAUUGAGAUGAAAAAUAGGAGUGUGGUGACUUGGACGGCCUUGAUCGGAGGGUAUGCUCAACAUGGGGAAGCCAGUAGCGCCUUAGGACUUUUUACUGAAAUGCUAAGUGAUGGAUGCAAAAUGAUGCCAAAUGGUUUCACUAUAUCUUGUGCACUGGUAGCUUGUGCUCGUGUGGGUGCACUGAGGCUUGGUCGGGAAAUCCAUGCCUAUGCACUCCGCAAUAGAUAUGGGGAGGCUAUGAUAUUUAUCUCGAAUUGCCUAAUAGAUAUGUAUGCCAAAUCUGGGGAUGUAGAUGCAGCUCGAGCAGUGUUUGAUAACAUGAACCAGAAAAAUGCAGUCUCAUGGACGUCCAUGAUGACGGGAUAUGGAAUGCAUGGUCGUGGUGAGGAGGCUGUCCAAGUCUUCGAGAAGAUGAGGGCUUCCGGUCUACCAAUUGAUGGAGUGACUUUUGUGGUUUUACUCUAUUCGUGUAGCCACUCUGGGAUUGUUGACCAGGGUAUUCGUUACUUCAAUGACAUGAAGAAGGAUUUUGGAGUUGUUCCUGAAGCUGAACACUAUGCUUGCAUGGUUGAUCUGUUGGGCCGUGCUGGUCGCUUGGAUGACGCUAUGAAGCUAAUUAAUGAUAUGCCGAUGCAAGCAAACCCGAUUGUUUGGGUGUCGUUGCUUAGUUCUUGCAGGCUUCAUGGAAAUGUGGAGAUUGGGGAACAUGCAGUUAAUCAGUUAUUUGAGUUAAAAUUUGAAGUGGAUGGUUUGUAUACACUUCUCUCAAACAUAUAUGCCGGUGCUAAGCAAUGGAAGGAUGUUGCAAGGAUUCGACUGUUGAUGAAACGGGCGGGAAUCAGGAAGAGACCUGGUUGUAGUUGGGUGCAAGGGAGAAAUGGGACAGCAACCUUUUAUGUUGGGGACAAAUCUCAUCCAAUGGCUACAGAGAUAUAUGAUCUCCUUUAUGAUCUGAUCUAUCGUGCUAAAAUCAUGGGCUAUGUUCCCGAGACUAGCUUUGCACUUCAUGAUGUAGACGAUGAGGAGAAAGGCGAUCUUCUACUUGAACAUAGUGAGAAAUUGGCCCUUGCUUAUGGCAUUCUCACUACAUCACCUGGGAUGCCUAUAAGGAUUAUGAAGAACUUGCGUGUCUGCGGUGAUUGUCACACAGCCAUUAGCUACAUAUCAAGAAUAAUUGAACACGAUGUUAUACUCAGGGACUCAAGCCGCUUUCACCACUUCAAGAAUGGGUCCUGUUCCUGCAACGGAUAUUGGUGAAUGGAGAUUUCUAUCUCAAUGGUUCAUCCGUACGCCAUGUUAUCAAUUUCUUGAUGAAUGGCAUUUAGGUAUCAAGAUAUGCUUGACUGCCUCUACAUUGAAGGAGCAUCUGAAGUCCAUCAUAUAUCAAUACCUAAGGUGCUGGUUCUAAUUAUUUUCUAAACAGAUCUUGUAUUUUGUAUUUGAGCUGUUUUAGAAGCAAAAGUUUGGAAUCUCUAGUUUUUUGUUUUUAUUAUCAUUUUAUUCUUUUGCAGUCUUCAACGUUCACUUUAGAUGAUAGAGAUGUCUAAAGCCAUUGAUUUUAGGAUUAUCUAGUCUUCUUCUUCUUCUUUAACUGCAUCUGCAGAAGUCUCAAGAGAAAGCACACAUGCUGACAGGAAAACUCACACGCUCGUCAAAAAGCCUUCAGUUUUAGGCUACUGAGGGCAGGAUGCCUCGGUGCUGUUAAAAGUUCAUGGUAUAUUUCAUUUUAAUUAUAAACAGUUUGAAUAUGCAUUUCAUGAAUGAUUUGCAUUAGUGAAGUUGCUAGAUCAUUCACUUUGAACUUUAGAAUUCAGAAGGUCCAGUUGCUAGAUACACUGUGUUCUUUUUUGUUGCUUUUUUGAGAAAAAUUCAACACAUUCUUCAAUAUCAUGAUUGGGUCGAAAAGGCCAGAUCACGGCUUGAGAAAUAAAACAUUUUC